UCGGCAACUUUCAACUUUGAGGUUAGCACAGCACGGAGCGCGCAAAUAAUUUGUAAAUAAAGUUACCAAGUGUAUUGAAAAUCCUUACGAAAUCCCUCACAAUGCGUUUUUCAAUUAAACAUGCAACCCUUGGUAGUGAACGUAUUGGUACGUUAACAGGAUUUGUGAAAUCUCCGGGCACUGUUAUUGAAACUCCGACAGCAGCUCUAUUUACUCAGGGAGGCAGUGUACUGCAUCUAACCGCAGAAGUGUUAGCCAAAGUAUUUUCAACUCCACAACUGUUAUGGGUGCCGGUUUCAAACUCUUUACAACUAGAACCUGGUAUGAAGGCUCAAGGAGAAGGUGUGGCUAAGUUUACUGGCCUUCCGGAACAUUUAACUUGUGUAUCAGCUCAUAAUAUGAGUGAAGUAACUCCUUCAGGACAUUUUGAACUUGAUAAAGUACCUUUGUGGACCAAAAAUGGGAAGAAAAUGGUUAAUGCGGACAGAUAUAUGGAUUUGAUGGAAGUAUACAAACCAGAAAUUAUUUUGGCGAUUGCAGAUGGCCGGACAGCACUUAAUGAGGGUUAUAAGAGAAUUAUGAAGUCCCUGGAUAGAAGCUGCAACAUGCUGGAUACUUGUGUGUAUCGAUAUAAGGCCUCAAAGCAGCUUCGACAUAGUGGCCUAAUUGGUGUAGUAGUAGCCACGGGAAUGCCAAAGAAAUUGAAUGAAAGCAUAGAACAUGUACUGAAAUACAAAGAUGAUCUUACAGGAGUCGCUUUAGCUGGUGUAACAGAUGCAACCGAUGAAUCUGAUAAAUUAGCUUUGGAGAAGAUAGAAAGUAUUUUUAAAACUGUUAGUGAUAAAUUACCAAAAGACUUAUUACGAGUAAUAGAAGGCUGUUGGAAUCCAGCAGUCAUAGUAGCAGCGAUAGAACAAGGGUGGGACCUUUUCGACGGGUCCUAUCCUACGAAACUGAGCAACGCCGGCCAUGCAUUGGCACUGAACUUCGACACCAAUCGACAGAGCGCGGAGCCAUGUCUCUUAGAUCUGAAUGACGCAAGGUAUACAGAAGAUUUUACUCCAGUAUUAGAAGGAUGUGAAUGUUUAACUUGUAAGAAGCAUACAAGGGCAUAUGUCCGCCAUCUUUUGAACACAAGGGAGAUGCUCUCGUCUGUUUUAUUGAGCAUCCACAACCUUCACCACUUCGAUCAGCUGUUCGUCCACGCCCGGCAGCACAUCGCAGCGAACACAUUCCAAAUAUACAAAGCCCACAUCACCAAACAAUACGAAACUUACAAACUACCUCAAACAACCAAUGGUUUAACCGACUUAAAAGAAAGUGAUAUAAAAAUGAACGGAACUGCGAACAUUAAGAAAAGAUUAAGCGUGAGUGACGAUGAGAUUACUAGUCCAGUAGUUAAUGGUAGUGUUUAUUAGCAUUCUGUAGAAUAAAUUAGUUCUAGAACAUUCGACGUAGUACCUCGUUUGUCCAGUGUAAUUAUACACCCGUGUGUUUCUAAUUGCCCGCGAAUAUGAUUAUGCGAUAAUUAAAAUAAUACUAAGUAAUGAAACGAAAUUAUAGAUUCUGUUUUAAAUGAAUAACAUGUUAGUUAAUUAUACAAUUUAUUUGUUUUUUAUAAGCGCUAAAAAUGCACGGGUUUUGGUCUAUAGUUA